CAUUUUCAAACCCUAAAAGGAAGAAACGAAGCCAACAAGCGCAACGAUCCAAAUUCAAAUUUCGAACUUGGCGCCCUUGACAUACCCAGAUCUUCUCUCAUUUUCAAAGCUUUUCUUCAAAAGCAAACGCAAAAUCAGCCAGGAAGUCACGAAUGGGUGGGUCUCACAGUCGCGAAGAUCUCGAACUCUCAGACUCAGAUGAAUAUGAAAGCGAACAAGAACAAGAAGAAGAAGAAAAGUAUGCGGACUGCAAAGAAGAAACCCCGGAUAGGUCAUCAUCUUCUUCAAAACGCAGACCCAAAACGCCCUCAUCAAUCGAUGAAGUGGAAGCCAAGCUUAAAGCCUUGAAACUUAAGUACCCAUCAGCUGCUCAAAACCCUAAUGCUGUUAAGCUUUACCUUCACGUUGGUGGCAACACGCCAAAAGCCAAAUGGGUCACCUCCGAGAAACUCACUUACUAUGUUUUCAUCAAAACUUCAAGAAUCAACAGCCACGAUGAAGAGGAAGAUGAUGAUGAAAGUGAAAACGAAAAUGGAGAAUCAUGGUGGGCUUUGAAAGUGGGCUCCAAGAUUCGAGUUAAAGUGUCCCUGGAAAUGCAAUUAAAGACAUUUAAAGAUCAACGUCGUGUUGAUUUUGUGGCACAAGGUGUGCGGGCUAUGAAGUUUUUUAGCGAUGAGGAUUACAAGGUUUUUGUUGCUAAGUUUCAAGAUUGUUUGUUUGAGAACACAUAUGGGUUUGAAUCAAAUGAAGCAAACAAGAUGAAGGUUUAUGGGAAGGAUUUUAUUGGGUGGGCUAAGCCUGAAGCGGCCGAUGAUUCAAUGUGGGAAGAUGCAGAUGAUAGUUUCUUAAAAAGCCCUCGGUCAGCAACUCCAAUCAGGGCUAAUCAAGAUUUGACAGAGGAGUUUGAGGAGGCAGCAAAUGGAGGGAUACAGAGUUUGGCGUUGGGUGCACUGGAUAAUAGUUUCUUGGUGGGUGAUUCUGGUAUCCAGGUUGUUAAGAAUUUUAGUGACGGAAUUCAUGGGAAAGGUGUCUUUGUGAAUUUCAAUGGUGGGAAUUACAGGAGUGGUUCUAAUUUGGUGCAUUCCACGCCGAAAAAGGCGCUUCUUAUGAAGGCCGAGACUAAUAUGUUACUCAUGAGUCCAAUGAGUGAGGCAAAGCCUCAUCAUAUGACUGGGUUACAUCAGCUUGAUAUUGAAACUGGAAAGAUAGUUACGCAAUGGAAGUUUGAGAAGGAUGGUACGGAUAUUACAAUGAGAGAUAUUGCUAACGAUAGUAAAGGAGCACAAUUGGAUCCUUCUGGUUCUACCUUUUUGGGAUUGGAUGAUAACAGGCUUUGUAGGUGGGAUAUGCGCGAUAGAAAUGGGAUUGUUCAGGAUCUUGUGAAUUCUAGUGCCCCUGUGUUGAAUUGGACUCAGGGGCAUCAAUUCUCCAGAGGAACUAACUUUCAGUGUUUCGCAAGUACCGGUGAUGGCUCAAUUGUUGUUGGCUCUCUUGAUGGAAAGAUUCGGUUAUACUCGAGCAGUUCAAUGAGACAGGCAAAAACAGCCUUCCCUGGCCUUGGGUCACCCAUUACACACGUGGAUGUUACCUUUGAUGGGAAGUGGAUACUGGGGACUACUGAUACCUAUUUGGUCCUUAUCUGCACUCUUUUUACUGAUAAGAAUGGUAUGACCAAGACUGGUUUUAGUGGUCGUAUGGGAAACAGGAUUGCAGCUCCCAGAUUGCUGAAGCUUACUCCUCUGGAUUCACAUUUGGCUGGAGUUAAUAACAAGUUUCGUAAUGCUCAGUUUUCAUGGGUCACCGAGGAUGGCAAACAGGAGCGUCAUUUGGUUGCAACUGUAGGCAAGUUUAGUGUGAUAUGGAACUUUCAACAGGUGAAGAAUGGCUCUCAUGAGUGCUACCGAAAUCAGGAGGGCCUAAAGAGCUGCUACUGCUAUAAGAUAGUUCUCAAGGAUGAUUCCAUUGUUGAUAGUCGUUUCAUGCAUGACAAAUUUGCAGCCAGUGAUUUGCCCGAGGCUCCUCUGGUCAUUGCCACGCCCAUGAAAGUCAGCUCCUUCAGCAUAUCUAGCAGGCAGUGAUAUUUGUUACCUUGUCCUCUGUUCUCUAAUCUACUUUAUUAGCUUUCUCUUCUUAGCUUUGUUAAUGAAGUUUGCACUAGUUGAUGUAAAACUUCUUAGUUAAAUAUUUUACAUUGUUUAAUUAGGUCAUCUUUGCAAGUGAUUUCAGAGACCAAUGAAUUCUAAUUGUACUAUUUUUACGCAGUUUUCUAGAUCAUGUUGCAUCUUGCAAGUGAUGAGACUCGGGAGAUAUUAUUGUUGUAUAAUUUGUCAAAAAACCAUAAAUUUCUUCCUUUACGAAGGAAAUGGGAUUCUGGCAGGAGGGUUUUUUGUUGACUGCAGC